CACACACACACACAGACUCUCUCUCACACACACAGACUCUCUCUCACACACAGACUCUCUCACACACACUCGCACACACACAGACUCUCACACACACUCGCACACACACAGACUCUCACACACACUCGCACACACACAGACUCUCACACACACUCACACACACACAGACUCUCACCCACACUUGCACACACACAGACUCUCUCACACACUCACACACAGACUCUCUCUCACACACACACACACACACUCUCUCUCACACACACGCACACACAGACUCUCACAGACACACAAACACUCAGGUACUUCACAGUUUGAUAAACACCUUUCUGCACAAUGCUCUAAGCACACUACACUGCCACAACCCUGCCCGUCGUUCGGCCGCCGGUACUGCUGAGUGCUGUCGUUGCAGCGGUUCCUCGGUUCGCGGGUCAGUGCUUUCCGUGCCGGUCCGGUGGAUCUCUCAGUACCUGUUUGUGGAGGACGCGUUGUUCUCGGCUCCCUGGGCGCUUUGUGAGCGCGGGCGGGGGGAGCGAUGACCUUUACUUGGGAAAGUGAAAGCUGUUCGCCUGUAUCAGAGUUCAAACUGCGGGACACGAAGGAGGGCGCAGCACGAGCUCUCUCAGGACUGAAAUAAACUGGUUUCUGGGGCAUUGGAAAUCAGUUAACCAUGGAGGCACUAGACUGUUUCUCCCAGGGCUCGGAGCUACGAUGCCGGUCCUGAAGAGCCUGCCUGGGAAGCUCCGAGGGUCCAAGCACAGCAGGAAUCUGGGAACGCCGUCGACAGCCCCCGGAGCGCUUAUCCUGGGAACAAUGAACGGGGGGGCAAACCCCUUUGAGGAGGAGGAGGGUGAGAGGGGGGACAACCCCUUCGAGGACAAGGAGGAGGAGGGGGGUGGGGCGAACCCCUUCGAGGAAGAGGAGGGGGGGGAGAGCCCCGCCAGACCCUCCCCGGAUCCCUUGAAGAAUGAAGAGUGCAGCAGCUCCCUGAGGGGGACCUUGGACAGGAUCCGGGGUGUCUCCCCUCUCAAGACCCUGGGCAAGCUGGGCAAGGGGCUGCGCAGUUCUGUCAGGGGAAAGGGGACCCCCGGGGAGGAGAAGACCCCCAGCAGGUCCUCUGAGAAAGACAAGAGGAAGAGCAGCCACAGGAGCUCUGAGGAGCCGACAUCCAUACUGAGCCGUCUCCCUGGGAAGCGCAAGGAAAGCCUGUCGAAUGGCGAGCUGAGCCCCCCAGAGAGGGAAGGGGGAGAGGGGGACCCCAAGAGGAGACUCUCCUUCCUGAAGAUCGGCCUGGGGGGUAAGAGCCGGCGCGAGUCCCAGGCCGAAAAACUGUCCCUGGAGAGAGAGGGGGAGCGAGUGGAGGAAGAGAGGGAGGGAGAGAAGGAGGAGGAGAAGAAGGCCAAAGAGCCACUUUCAGUGUUGGAGAUCCUGCGGCUUGUGAUGAAGCGGGACCUCUUCGUGGCCGACACUCACAUCCUGGAACUGGAGCGGGAGUGCGAGAGAGGGGGCGGGGCUGGGGGCGGGGCCGAGGAGGUGGGUGGGCAGGGCCGAGAUAGUGGUCGUAAGUUGAAGGACGUGGAGCUGCUGUAUGAGGCGCUGCUGAAGGAGCUGGGGGAGGUGGUGCGCGAGUCCUUGCUCCCCGACAGCCCUGCCCCGCUCCCUGCGCUGCCUCUGCUGCUCCAGGUUAUCGAGCAGGAGGAGCAGGCAGACAGGGAGUGGGCUGAGAGGGAGGCUGGGGCCCCGGAGGGCCUCUCCCGGCCCCGGCAGCUCCGCAGGAAGUGGAAGGAGGGUGUGGCGGAGUCGGCCAGCAGCAGGAUCCCAUGUAGGGGGGAUGCUGGGGCCCUGGCCGGGUUCCUGGGAGCUCUGAGUGAGCGCGUGGUGCAGGAUCUGUGUGCUGUGAAGAGGAACGCACUGCCCUGCUACCCCCCUGAGUACGAGGCCUUCGCAGUGCACCUGCAGAGCUACCAUCAGGCCGUGGGGCAGAGACUGAGAGAGGUGGCCGCAGCUGAGCUGCACAUCACUGAGCUGCACACACUGCUGGACUGGGUGCACAACACCUACUGCAGGGAGGUGCUCAAUCACUCUGCCUUCAAGGAGCUCACUUCCGGAUACCAACUGUCUCCGCUGCUGCCCCUCGACACCCUGAGCAAGCUGGAGAGAGACUACAUCAGCUUCAUCAAGGAGACGGUGACGGGGGAGCUGUCUGAGGACCUGGAGGCUGAGGAGAGGCGCUGGGGGGAGUCUCUGCAGAUCGAGGAGUAUCAGAGCAGCAUGGCCAACAACGUGAUCGCGAAGCUGCAGAUUCACCUUGACAGGUCCUCCAGUAUCACUGCGGAGCUGGGGGCGCGUGUGGCUCACUGCUGCCUCUCUGGCCUGGCUGACUUCCUGCAGAGCUUCCAGAAGAAGGUGGAGGUGUUUCACCAGUAUCAGACUGAGAGCGGAAACCCAGCAGAGGGCUUCACACCCAAAACUAUCGCCCUGGUCAACUGCUGCCCUCCCUUCAGGAGUUUCCUCCAGCGCUGUGCUCAGUGCGAGUCUCAGUGCUGUGAGGAGGGGCUGAGGACAGGCAUGGCAGUCCUCGACAGGAUCGUGAGUCUGGGGGUGAAGGUGCUGGUAGAGCAACUGUUCCAGCAGAUCAAGCCCUACUUUGAGAAGCUGGUAAAGAGGAAGUGGCUGAACAACACUGAGGCGUUCGACUCGAUCACUGAGAUGAUCAAGAGCAACUUCAAGACCUUCUGCAGGAUGGAGGGGCCACCCUACCAGGCGCUGGUGUGUGAGGUGCACAGGCGUGUUCUCGUGGAGUACCUACGCGCUCUAAUGCGCAGUCGCAUCAUCUGCACCUCCGCCAAGAAGAGGAGGAAGAUGUCAGGCAGGCUGAGGGACGAGGGCAAGCAGAUCAAAGAGCUCUUCAGAGAACUGGAUUCUGGGAGCUCCUGGUUGGACAGUGCUGUACCCCACCUCUCUGAGAUCAUCGUGCUGGAGGACACCCCCUCUAUUCAGAUGGAAGUUGGGGUGCUGGUGAGUCAGUACCCUGAUGUGCGUAAGAAGCAUGUCGCCGCCCUACUGGAUAUGCGGGGGAUGCUUCGCCAGGUGGAGCGGACAGAGAUCCUGAACAUCGUGAAGGACUUGGAAUCCAGCCUGCAGCCCCUCCCCCGGGACAGGGCGCUCUUCUCUGAGCUCCCCGUCACCUCGGAGGUGCGCUGCCUUAAUCUGGGGCUCAGCCGGGUCGCCAUCACCACCUCCUCCCUGCUCACACUGCUCAGAGAGCGGGCCGGGAGAGGGAGGGGGGAGAGGAAGAGCAGCUCUGAGAGAGCAGAGAGAGGAGAGAGGGGAGAGAGAAGAGAGGAGAGGAGAGGGCUCAGCCGCGUCUCCAUCACCACAUCCUCCCUGCGCACACUGCUCAGAGAACGGGUCGGGAGGGGGGAGAGGGAGAGAAAGAGGGAGAGGGAGGAGAGAGAGGAGGAGGAGAAGCUCUGAGAGAGAGGAGAGGCAGAGGGGAGAGGGGGGAGGAGAGAGGAGGAGCAGCUCUAAGAGAGUGGAGGAAGGGAAAGGAGAGAGGUGAGAGGAGGAGCAGCUUUGAGAGAGAAACAAAAUUCCAGUCUUCAUCACAGGGACUGUGCUUGCUGGAGUUUCAACUGAAACAGACCGGACUGGGUUUGACGUGGAAAUGUGCAGGACUGUGUUGAACCCGGUCUCAGUGACAGGUGGAAACAUGCAGGACUGUGUUGAACCCGGUCCCAGUGACAGGUGGAAACGUGCAGGACUGUGUUGAACCCAGUCCCAGUGACAGGUGGAAACAAGGCUCACUGCUGCACUGUGGAUCAAGUGAGCUGCAGACUGGACUGGGAACCAGGACACAGACCUGUGGAAGAUACUAAUAUAUAAAAGAGACAGGCUGUCUCACAGGCUGCAUCCUUCCACCAGUCUCCGAUCUGCAGGGCUGGAAAAUCAAUUAAAUAAAAACUGAUUCAGACGAAGCAGUGAAAGGUUUCUAUCCCAGGAGGAACGUUUCUUGCAGUAAUAAGAGAUUCUUUCACAGCCUCCGUUAGCACGGCUCCACUCCGACAGUCUUGGGUUGCAUACAUUUUAAAGGGGGUGUUUGGGGAUCACGGGUUACUUAAUUAAUAUUGAAAAAAUCAAGGGCAACUAUUCAGUCAUAGUAUCUGAAUCAAAUAGCAGUGAUAAUUCUAAACAUUCCUGUAAUUCAUUUUUAAAUUGUGAGUCUGGUUUAUACUGAGGGAAAAAUAAGAGGAGAUAGAGAGAAGGAGGGAAGAUUAUGUUUAAACAUGGCUAGGCAAAGGUGGGCAUGCAGCUAGCAACACCAACAACGAGGCACGCAACCCACAAGCAGAGGAGAAUGUGAAGCAUGUACAGUCAGUCCAUUAGGUCUGGAAACAAAACUGCAAUGAUAAGAUCUGCUUCCAUCUGGUUUACUAAUUAACCCCUGAGUUUAGCAGAUUAAACAGUUACAGCUACAACACUGGUCACAAUUCAGAAAACACAUUCCAAAGCAGGCCUGCCAAGGGGUGAGUGAGCCUCCUUCUCUAAUCUUAUAAGAGCACAGUGACAGCAUGGUAAACAUUAAAAAACAAACCAUGGUAAACUAACCCUCAGUAAAGUUUACCACAGUAAAAGCACAGCACAGUGUAAUAAAGCAGUAGUAAACCUUUCUCUUUGCAAUUCAGUGUGUUACCCUCUAUUGCCAGUGUGCCGUUUCCAUGUAUGAAUAUACUGAAUAUAUUUGAACUGUAAAUAAUAAUAAUAAUUAUAGCAUAUACUGUGAAUAAAAUAAAUCUACCAGUCA